CGUAUUAAGCCGGCGGCGAGAUGCGGAGCGGGAGGAGGUUCCCACGCGGCAGCGUCCGGACUCGAAUGGGGUUCCUUCAGUCUCGCCUUUUGCUCCUGGGGGCCAUCGCCCUCCUGUUGCCCUCGAGGCGGUUCUGCGCCGGGCCCUCCGCUUUGCACACCCUCCACUAUUUUGCCACAGCUCUCUGGGAGCGUGGCUGGCAGAUACCCCAGUAUGCCUGUUCGGUGUACCUGGAUGACCAGCUGAUUGGGCACUACGACGGAACCACCGACCGGUGCAUGCCUCAGUCUUCCUGGAUAGCGGAGAUCAGCCACGACGACUCUGACUUCUGGGCCAGGAGCACUCGAGGGGCGUUUGCCUCGAGUUUAGUCCCGGAUCUGAUGAUUCUGAAGAACAUGUACAACCAGAGCAGAGGGAUCCACACCCUGCAGGUGCUCUUUGGCUGCGAACUGAGCGGGGACGGCCGUACCCCCAGAGGGUUUGCGAAGUACGGCUACAACGGGAGGGACUUCCUCAGCCUGGACUUUGCGACUCUCACCUGGACCGCGAUGGAUGCGGAGGUCACGCCCAUCAAGAGGAAAUGGGAUGCCGAGCACCGAGGGAAAGUCUUGGAGCAUUUCCUGGCCGGCAGUUGCGUGGAGUGGUUGCACACACACCUGCGCUACGGGAAAGAGGUUUUGCUGAGGGCAGACCCACCGAUGGCUCUCAUCACCCGCAAGACAGGAUCAGACGGCCUGGAGACCCUCGUCUGCCAGCUCCGCGGCUUCUACCCCAAGGAGAUCGCAGUCACUUGGAGGAAGGGCGGGGAGGUCUGGCACCAGGACACCUCCCACGGGGGUGUGGUCCCCAACUCGGACGGGACCUACCACACCUGGCUCGGCAUCAAGGUUGACCCCAAGGAGAAGGACCAUUUCCGGUGCCACGUGGAACACGACGGCCUGCCGAAGCCCCUGGACUUGGCCUGGGAGGAGCCGGCCCCUGUGUCCAACGUGGGGCUCAUUGUGGGAGUCGUCCUGGGGAUCGUGGCCGCUCUCGUCCUGGUGGGGGCCGGGGUCAUCUUCCACACCAGAAAACCACGAGAGGACAGCUACCAAGAAGCACGGACAAGUGACCAGGGAUCAGACAGCUCUGUCAGUGCCUGAUCUCCCAUUGGCUUGUGAGAGGGACCAGAAGGAACCCAUCUGGAUCCUCCCAGGAACGCACGACCCACGUGAGCUGUGGCCCAUCUUUGGCACCCUGAUGCCCGAUUCUGUACAAGUUAUUAACAUUAACUCUGCUGCAAAUCAGAGGAUGGCGGAAAACAGGAGGGCCUGGCGAGAUCUUGUCCAUGGGGUCGCGAAGAGUCGGACUCGACUGUGCGACUGAACAACAACAGCUGCUGCAAAAAAUCCAAAGACACCGGAAGCUUUAGGAGAACUUGGAAUUCUGUGAUUUUUGAAAAGGGCUGCUAAUACGGUAACACGAAUAAUCAGCUUGAUUGAGCCCAUUGUGACUUCUGAAAGUGCUUGCACAGCUUGUACCGUAUAAUAGCUUGGUUUUCGUUGUAUAAAAAUUAUACUUUGGACUCUGUAUUCCAUGGGUCCUCCUCAGGAAACAGGAAGCCUCCUCAGGAAACAAUCCAUAGACAAAAGAACC